GAGGGCAGGGUAGGGGGCGGGGAGGGUACCGCGGGGGGGCCCCCCGCGGCCGCGGAGGGGGGGGGGCCCCCAGGGCCCCCGGGGGCGAAGAAGUGGAGGCGGGGACUGGAGAAGGGGAGGGACAGGAGACGGAGACAGCAGCAGCAGCAAACGAGGCCCCCAGCAGCAACUCCUUCAGGGCCAGGGGCAGGGGCCGCGGAGGGUUCCGAGGAGGCUACCGAGGAGGGUACCGGGGGGCCCCCCGGGGGGGCCCCCGGGGCCCCCGCGGAGGGCGGGCUGAGUAGAGUUUGA